AUUGUCAGUCAAGAUCAGAACUCGAAAUCAAGUAGACUCCCCGUCCAAUCUCCGUGCCAAGACAAUGAAUCCAACCUUGUCAACAUUGCUGGUAGGCGUCGUCAUCUUUUUGGCUAUCUGUCAAGCAGUUCCCGCCGAGUUCCAAAAGAGUUACGAGACCUUUGACCCAAACGCCGAGGAGGAUGAAGAGGCUGAGGCUAGGACGUUGAUCACUUCCAAUGGGCAAUACUUUCUGGUCUUGAACUCCACCUUCGUCAUUUUGUACACGUUGUUGUUCUUGUUGGGCAUUCUCGUGUCCUUUUUCGCCACAUCAAUCUUGGGCGGACUUUUACAAGGUGGAGAAGAUAGCAACUCGAGUGGAUACAACAACUAUAAUUCUGGUUAUAGCCAUUCACACUCGUAUCGCAAAAAGCGAUCGGGCAUGAGGUUUGACAUGGAUCUAGCCAGCCAAAUGUUCCAAUUGGCUGAAGCCUUCAAGAAAUACGAGGUCAAGGAUAGGGAUUGCCAAACCUAUGUUGCUUGUGAGGCGAGUCAAGUUCAACGCCAUGAAGAGAACGGCAUCCUUGCCAAGGUGGUCUACGAUGUCAUGAAGAAACUGAGCAAGCAUGGCGUGAAGCAGAUUGAGAAGAAAGACAAAUAUUUGGCCGAUCUGGUUCGAUUGUUCCAAUACGGAGAUGAGGCUCACCGACUGGGAAAGGACGAUGCAUGUGGCAAGCAGAGAGAUAAGUGCUACAACGCCACAAAGAAGCCUGAAUACAAGAAAUAGAACCCCAUUGAUAUAAUUGUUAUUGCUAUAAUCAUUGUGUGUAGAAUCUAGUAACCCAUCCAGUUUGCUCAUCAGCCGACUUCGCUCUAUUGAAAAAAAAUAACAACAGUUGUUAUUUCGAAAGAGAGAGAGAGGUGACUUGCACAAGUAUCGAGAAAGCACUGCAGGACGGAGUUCUCGUGUGUAAGUUUCAUUCAUGGUCUUGCAAGCUAUAGAGCUGUAUCAAUCAUGUACAAUCCAUUAACAACAGUGUUUAUGUAGACUAAUAAACAACAAAAGAAGA